AUGGACGUGAGUGCGCUCGAGGCGGUCUUGCCUCUGUCUGUGCCGACGCCGAACGCUGUCAGCCAUGCGAGUCUGAUCCCGGCAGAGGACCUGACGACCGAGUAUGAGCUCGCAAGGAACGGACAGAAUUUGCAUGCCUGGCAGAGCUACAUCAAGCAUGUCAAGGAGCAGAACCACAGGCAGGAGAUGGACGCAAGAGGGACAGCGACGAAGCAGCAAGAGAGUGCGCUUGGGAAGAAGCUCGCUACUCAGCCGGGCAGGGAGAGCUAUCAACGCAUCAUCGACGUCUACGAGAGAGCGCUCGCUCACUUUCCGACGUCCUACAAGCUCUGGAAGGCUUACCUCGACGCUCGCUCGGCCUACAUACUCGGCAUACCCGCCAAGAAGCUCAACUUGGCCGCUACGAAGAAGAAGAGAGACAUAGAGGCUGGAUCGAUCCUGCAGGACCUCAAAGGCCUCGAGCAGGACGACCAUGACCGCGAUGUCGCUCAGCUGUACGAGGGAGGUCUCAACGGUACCAUCGGACACAUCGAAUGGAGAGCGCUCGCCGCCUGCUUCGAGCGUGCGCUCACUUGCAACCCCAGGAUGCCGCGACUGUGGCUGAACUACCUCAACAUGCUCAGACAACCACUCUGUCCGGCCUACCUUUCCCAUACUCACGCCAGGCGCACUUUCGAUCGUGCCCUCAGGACACUACCCGGCUCACUUCACGAGCGUGUCUGGCGACUUUACUUGAGAUGGGCGACAGCCAUAGGCGGCGAGACACUCGUCAAAGUCUUCAGGCGGUAUCUGCGCGUAGACCCUCUGCCGACAGAGCACUAUGUCUCUGUCCUACUCGAGCAAGGACCGGAACGCUCACUCGAAGCGGCGAAGCUACUCCUGUCGCUCUCCCGGAGGGCUGCAAAGGGUCAGUACAAGUCGCCUGAAGUGAAGAGCUCCUACGACUUGCUUGGGCAAUUUCUUGAAGUCUGCGUGAACCAUGCAGACGAGGUCGGGCUUGACGAAGCCGACGCUACCGCUAUUGCGUCAACAGAGAGCGCCGGGGGCGCCGCUCGUCACAUGCUCGCGCAAGGAAACGCUGCAGCCGCAGAGCACGAUACAGCGACGAACGGAACGGCCAUGCAGGUUGAUGGCGAUCAACCGGUGAACGGCUUGGCCGUCUAUGAUGCAGAUGUCGACCCUGCAAGUGUCAGCAAGCUCGACGUCGAAGCCAUCGUGCGGCAUGACGGGCUGGCUGCGUAUAAAGAUCAAGCCGGUACGCUCUGGGCCGGGCUUGCAACCUAUUGGAUUCGCAAAGGCGAUCUAGAUCAUGCUCGCCAGAUUUUCGAAGAGGGCCUCGCCACAGUGCUCACUAUCCGUGACUUUACGCAGAUUUUCGAUGCCUACGCCGAAUUUUCAGAAACCUACAUCUCGUCCCUCAUGGAUGCCAUCGCAAAUCCACCGGAAGACGAAGAGGACGUUCUCGGUCCUGAAGAUGAAGAAGAGCUUGAUCAGCGCAUGCAGGACUUUGAGAGUCUCAUGGACCGGCGACCUUUCCUCGUCAACGAAGUACUCAUCAGGCGCAAUCCCAACGAUAUCCAGGAAUGGGAGAAGCGCGUCGCUUUGCACGGCACGGACGAUAGCAAGGUCGAUGAGACUUAUCGUAGGGCGAUCGAUACCAUCAAUCCGCGCAAGGCCGUCGGCGGCUUUCACCACAUCUUCAUCUCUUAUGCCAAGUUCUUUGAGGAGGGCGGUGUUGCUGCUUCAGCUGCAGAUCGGUCAGAAUCCGAUCUUGCUAGCGCGCGACAAGUCUUCGAGCGUGCAAUCGCGGUACCGUUUCGCAAGGUGGACGAGCUGGCCGAGAUCUGGUGCGAAUGGGCAGAGAUGGAAGUUCGCAACGAGAAUUACGACGAAGCACUUCGGAUAAUGCAGCGCGCGACCGCUUUGCCUCGCCGGACAAAGGUCAAUUUCCAUGACGAGACAUUGACAGCUCAGCAACGGCUGUUCAAGAGCUUGAAGCUGUGGUCUUUCUACGUCGAUCUCGAGGAAUCCAUCGGAUCUGUCGAGUCAACGAAAGAGGUCUACGACAAGAUCUUUGAGCUCAAAAUUGCAAAUGCUCAGAUUGUCAUCAACUUUGCCAACUUCCUGGAAGAAAAUAGCUACUUUGAAGAUAGCUUCAAGGUCUACGAGCGCGGCGUCGAUCUUUUCACAUACCCGGUCGUCUUCGAGAUCUGGAACACCUACCUGACCAAAUUCAUCAGACGAUACGGAGGCGAAAAGAUUGAGCGAGCCCGCGAUCUCUUCGAGCAGGCGCUCGAUGGCUGUCCGUCAAAAUUCGUAAAGCCGCUAUAUCUGCUCUAUGGUCAGCUCGAGGAAGAGCACGGCCUGGCGAAGCGCGCAAUGAGUGUCUACGAGCGAGCAACGCAAGCUGUCGAUGCCAAGGAUCGCUUCACAAUGUAUGAGGUUCUUAUUGCGAAAGCAACAGCCAAUUUUGGCAUGCCUGCGACACGGUCGAUCUACGAAAAGGCGCUGGAAGCCCUGCCCGAUGCCGAGACUGCUACAAUGUGCCUGCGUUUUGCUGGGCUCGAGAAGAAGCUCGGCGAGAUCGAUCGCGCGAGGGCCAUCUACGCCCAUGGCUCGCAGUUUUGCGACCCCCGGGUCAAUCCCGAAUUCUGGUCAGACUGGAACUCUUUCGAGAUCUCGCACGGCUCCGAGGACACGUUCAGAGAGAUGCUGAGGAUCAAGAGAGCAGUGCAAGCCAGCUUCAACACCGAAGCGUCCUACAUUGCUGCUCGCGCCGCUAAUGCCCGUAAAGGCAACGUACAAUCAGCGGACGCUACCGACGCCGUACGGGGUGCUGCUGAUCCGAUGGCUCAGCUCGACAAUGCGGCAGGUCAACAGCCAGCAUUCGUGCCGUGA